CCUACUUCAAGGUGAAUGGGCCAUGGGGAGUCUAUUGCUCAGAACACGUUGUUUUUCAGUAAUUUGGUCCAGUUUCCUGACGCGCACCGAUCUUCAGGGCGUGUGACGUCAGGAGUGGAUCAAAGGUGGGAUGAAGUCUAUACCUACCGCCGUCUUGGUAACACUUUUGUCUAUUACAGUCAGUUCAUCAUCCCAGGGUUCAUCGACACGCACAUCCACGCCCCCCAGUACCCCAACACGGGAACCAAAGUGGACCUCCCCCUGCUGGAGUGGCUGAACGCCUACACAUUCCCGCUGGAGGUCAAGUACAGCGAUCUGAAGUUCGCCCGGGACGUCUACCAGAAAGUCGUGCACAAAACGCUGUCAAAUGGCACCACCACUGCCAGUUAUUUUGCAACCAUCCACAAGGGGGCAUCGAUGGCUCUGUGCGACGCUGCAGAAUCAUUUGGUCAGAGGGCGUACGUAGGGAAGUGUAACAGUGAUCAGAACCUGCCGGACAACUACUGCGAGGGGACAGCUGCUUCGCUCAGGGAUACAGAGGAAUUCAUCAUGGAGGUUCUUGGAAGAAAGAACCCGCUGCUCACUCCGGUCAUCACGCCCCGGUACGCGGUGUCCUGUACCACGGAGCUGAUGGCCGGCCUCGGGAAACUGGCAGAGAAGUACGACCUGCCCAUACAGAGCCACCUGUGUGAGAGCCUGGCAGAGGUCAAGUGGGUCAGUGAGCUGUUUCCGCAGUACGACAGCUACACGGACGUGUACGACAAGUGUGGAGUAUUCACUAACAAGACCGUGAUGGCCCACUGUGUGUACCUGACGGAGUUUGACGUGGCCCUGAUGAAGGAGAGGGGAGUGGGUGUGUCACACUGCCCAAACUCCAACCUAUCAAUUUGCAGUGGACUGAUGGACGCCAGAACAUGGCUCGACAAAGGCCUGAAAGUUGGUUUGGGAACAGAUGUGUCCGGCGGGUACCACCCCUCCAUGCUGGACGCCAUUCGCCUGGCUAUCCACACGUCCAACGCCCUCAGCAUCCAGCGCCCUCCGGACUACAAGUCCCUCUCCUACCAGGAGGCGUUCCGCAUGGCUACGCUUGGGGGCGCUGAGGUCUUAGCUUUGGACGAUACCAUCGGGAAUUUUGAAGUGGGGAAAGACUUUGAUGCCCUCCUUGUUGACAUGGAGAGUUCUAACAGCCGUGUUGACACCUUCGACUUCGACUCUAUUGAGGAUCUGGUCCAGAAGUUCCUUUUCAUAGGUGAUGACAGGAACAUCCAAGAGGUCUACGUCUGUGGACAGAAAGUCGUUGGCGACGGAAAGUAGCGUCAGAGCCUUUACGCCACACGACCCAGCUUUUGAUGACGUAGUAAACAAGAACGGUGUCGUCACUAGAUGUGUAUUGAUGUGCCUUAACUUAAGCUUGUUUGCUGAACUUUAGAGUGCACAAGUUAACACAAAAAGUUGCUGAAUGAAUCACUUAUCAAAUCAACUUUGGUGACUAUUUGAUGUGAUGAUUAUUUACAAUUCUGAAAGCCUUCGGAUUUGCCUUAAAAUGUAAACAGACGUUAAGUUCUACCAAGAACUUAUGAACAAAGAGAUUGGUUAUAUAUGCAACAUCAUCUCGAACUACCUAUGUAUCGUACCAUUUAGUGCAUUUAAGUUAAGUAGAAUGUAGUACUUAUAUCUCAGGGGUUACGGAGCUAGCAUUGCCAUGGGUACCCUAUGCCUCCAGCUGAGCCGUCGUUUGUCGAUUGAAUUUGUUUUUUGCUUUGUGGGUAAAACUAUACAAGCUGCA